UCCGUUCAUUUCGGUAUUUCAUUAUACCUUUUUAUUAUUUACACUAUAACAGUAACAACCCCUUCAAAGCUCAGUUUCUUAUUAUGCAUACAUACGCACUCUAUCAAGACCCUCUGCAUGGCGAACAUCUGGUAAUAUCGGGACAUGAAAUCGGCAUGGGUAUGGUUCCCGAUAAAGCAGACAUCUCAGAUCCGAUUCUUCUGCGCCACGUCCUCUGCCUGAUAAUAUUAGUUCACAACUUUUUUCACCUAAUUCUCUACUGGCGGCAAAUAAAAUUGUGCAGAAAGAGCAACGCUCCACCGCUGCAAUUGGAUGGUACUAUGUCGCCAGAUGCCUUUGAGGCCUCUAAGGAUAAGCAACUUCAUGCUUCAUAUCUUGAGGUUUUCGAUCUGGUACUCGAUACCGCAUAUAGCUGCCUUGACAUGUACCUCUCCACAUUGGCGUACAUUUGGAAGAUGACGGUGGACUGGUAUGGCUAUGCGGACGAUAUUUGGCUGAAUGUGACUUUUAUGGCGAUGUUUUCCACUUACCUGGUGAUUCGCAUGUUGCCAUCUCUGUUUUAUGAGAAACUUGUGCUGGAUCCUAAGUUCAAAGUGGAUCCAGAAAAGUCUCCCCCAUUAGUGGGUAUGAUUUGUGCCCUAGCUUUUAUCGUGGUCUUACUGCAGAUUGCAAUCAUCCCGUUAACCGCGAUUUUCAUGGCCCUUCAGGAGUUGAAUGUUUGGUAUUGUAUCCUGCUCGUUUGGCUCAUUGUGGUGGGCACGUCCUUGGUUAUUUUGGGCUUUGUCGGAAUAUUCGGAGUGCCCUGCAUAGGCAAGAGCCGCAAAAUGCAGGAUUCGGAUAUUGAUGACGAAUUGCGAGAUGUACUGGAUAGUUUCGAUUUUCCGGGACGGGUUUAUCUGGUUCACACCUUCAAUGUAGGACGACCCACGGCCUGGGUGAUGGGCUGUUUCUGUUGCCUGCGAUUGGAUAUCCACGAUAACCUGAAGUUGAACCGCGGCCUGGCCUCGGAUGACCUGAACUCGGGUGAGGUGGGAGCUGGUCUCAAGGACGACCAGUUGGCCGCCUUUGUGGCCCACCAACUGGCCCACUGGCAUUUGCAGCAUGUGGCAAAGACCUUGGUGCUGAUUUGGCUGAAUCUUGUGAUAUAUCUAGUCCUCUUCGGGUUGUGCUACAACUGGCAGACCCUUUACUCGUCUGCGGGCUUCACGAACCUAUAUCCCAAAACUGUUGGGUUCUGGCUGGUGUACAAGUACCUUAUGCCGAUAUAUCACGACAUCAGCACUUGGAUAGUAUUCUUUUUCAUUCGGCACUUCGAGUACGCCGCAGAUGCCUAUGUCGUUCGGUUGGGCUAUGGACCUCCGAUGAGGGCCGCCCUGCUCAAACUUUUUGCGGAUGAUAUUGAGUUCCCUAAUGUGGACCACUGGUACCUCAUGUGGCAUCGCUUACGACCUUCGAUGCUGCAACGCAUCGAGAAUCUACAGCGAUUGUACAAGACACACAGAGUCUCCCGUAUAUCUUUGAUCUGAAUUACUCCAAAUUACUGUAUAGAGAUGGAUUGUAAAAAGGUUUUUUGGUUGAAUGCUAUACUCACUUUAUUCAAAAAGCUUUUAAAAUAAGGAUAUGCUAAUAUUUGUAAAAAA